CCCUCCUCGUGCUGUCCUCGCCGUGCACGCGCGUGGUACCCACGGUCGUGAGGAAGGAGGAGGAUGUUGCGCGUGAAGGGGAAAUGGCUGCCGAAAACAAGCCGGAAGGACUGAAGAAAGUUCGUAAUCCGGAUCGAAUGUACAGAUCAGCAGUGUGUUAUGCUGGCCAUGGUCCACCUAAGAGUAUCAGUGAUGACACAGAGACGAACAAUGAACAUGGACAUUUGAAAAUAUACCUGCCCAAGAAGCUACUUGAAUGUCUACCAAAAUGCACGUCGCUGCCGAAGGAGAGGCACCGGUGGAACACUAAUGAGGAGAUUGCAGCUUACUUGAUAACAUUUGAAAAGCAUGAAGAGUGGCUAACGACAUCCCCUAAAACAAGGCCACAGAAUGGGUCGAUGAUACUGUACAACAGGAAGAAGGUGAAGUAUAGAAAGGAUGGCUACUGCUGGAAGAAGAGGAAAGAUGGGAAGACCACACGAGAGGAUCACAUGAAGCUGAAAGUGCAGGGAGUUGAGUGUCUGUAUGGCUGCUACGUCCACUCCUCUAUCAUCCCCACAUUCCACCGCAGGUGCUACUGGCUGCUCCAGAACCCAGACAUCGUGCUUGUCCACUAUUUGAAUGUUCCAGCCAUCGAGGAUUGUGGGAAACCAUGCGGACCGAUCCUGUGUUCCAUCAAUACAGACAAGAAAGAAUGGGCCAAAUGGACCAAAGAAGAGCUGAUUGGACAGCUAAAGCCCAUGUUUCAUGGCAUCAAGUGGACUUGCAGCAAUGGGAACAGCAGCUCUGGCUUCUCAGUGGAGCAGCUAGUACAACAGAUUCUGGACAGCCACCAAACUAAGCCACCUCCCCGGACUCACAACUGCCUCUGCACGGGUACCCUGGGUGCAGGGAGCAGUGUACACCACAAAUGCAACAGCGCCAAACAUCGUAUCAUCUCCCCCAAGGUGGACCCCCGUUCUGGCUAUAGCAGUGGACACUCUGAGGUUCAAAACAAUGAUGUUUCUGAAGGGAAGACCGAACACAGUGCCCAUGGUGGAGGGAAAUCCGGAGGGGGCACUGCCAGGGAGAAACGCAAUGGCAAGGUCCACAAGCCUGUCCUCCUGCACCAAAACAGCACAGAAGUGUCAUCCACCAACCAGGUGGAAGUCCCUGACACUACGCAGAACUCCCCAGUGUCCAUCAGCAGCGGCCUCAACAGUGAUCCGGAUAUGGCUGACAGCCCUGUUGUGACAGGAAUGAGCCAUGUUCCCUCUGUCAUGUCUGGACUGUCUCAGAGUGUCUUCAUGUCUGAGGUUACUGGAGAACCUGUCUAUAGCAUGUCUCCAGCUGGGGGUCCAAAUGCUCAUCUGAUGGGUGCAGAUGCCACUUCACAAGGGUUGGUUUUGUCCAUGACUGCUGAUCGACACAAAUUUGCCUUCCCUGGAGGAGGAGGAGUAGGGGAACCUGGGACUACCACUGCAGGGGACAGUCUGUCUAUGUUGUCCACAGCUGGUGUUUCUGAAGAACUGGUGCUAACCAGCAGUCUCGAUACUGGAAACAUCAAGAUUCCAGAGACUAAUAUGAACUUUGAUCCCGACUGCUUCUUGAACAACCCCAAACAGGGUCAGACCUAUGGGGGCAGUGCUCUGAAGACAGAGGGUAACUCGUCCUCAACAUCCUCUUCCUCCAAUGGCAGCAGUAGCACCAAUGGGAGUCUCCAGCGCUCCCCGAACAUGUCAGACAAUAGCUACCCCUUCAAUUCAGCUCUCGUUAAAAACAUCAAGACAGAAGACACCUCAUUUGAGCAGCAGAUGAAAGAAAGUGGUUAUCAGGUCGGAGGAGUAGUGAACUGUGGUGGUGGUGUGUCAUCUGGUACUGGAUCAGGUCAGGGCAGUCUUAGUCUGACACCAACAGGCACGCUGCUUCCUUCAGGAGGGGGACUCAGUCCUAGCACCACUUUGGAGCAGAUGGAUUUCAGUGCCAUUGAUGCCAAGCAAGAAUAUACUUCUAGUGCUACCCCAGUAAGCUAUGGUCAGGCAAUUCCUAGUCCACAUAUGCAACACCAGAAUCGUUCGCCUAGCUUCUUCCUUCAGGAGGCUUCUCAAACCAACCAAGCGCAGCAGGGCAGGUCCAGCAUUAGCCAGAAAUCACAUCUGAUGGAGCACAACACCCAUGACUCUGGAGCUUAUAUGGGGCUGCAAGUGGUAAAGACUGACUCCCCUGGUAGCAGUGGCCACCUUCAUCAUCACCACCAGAACCAGACACAGCACAGGGCAAAUUGCAAUGGAGGUUCACCCACAGAAGGGUCCGGCCAAGCAAGUUCUCUACAGCUGCUUCAGUACCAGGGGCCCUUUCCUGGACUAGGAUCAGAACAUGAAGAGGUUGUUGGUUUAGAGCAAUCUGGUAAUGUGAAUUCAGCUCAGACUGGAGCCACUGAAAAUGGAGGCGAGAACCUCCUUAAGCCAGGGGAUCACAUUCAAGCAUGUGGCACAGGAAACAGAGAAGGAGGGAGAUCGGAGCACUACCUGCAACAGGCUUCAGAUGGUGCCACUGGAGGGGCUGGAGCCACAGGUGAAGGAGUAACGAUGCAUAAUGGAAAUAGUGAUGGCUCCAACCGCACCCAGCAGCUACAGCCUCUCCUCCAUGGCACAAGUAUGGUGCAAGGACUCUACAAUGCAGUGGGGGCUCAUCAAGGUCUGAGUGCAGCAACUAAUAAUGGAGGAACAGGUGGAAGUGGCAUGGAGAUCAGUCUGGACCACUUUGACAUAUCGUUUGGUAACCAGUUUUCUGACCUUAUCAAUGACUUCAUCUCAGUGGAUGGUAGUGGAACAGCCAUGGCUGCUGGCAGUGCCCUGUAUGCUCACCAGUUAGCCACAUCUCACAACACUGAAAAUCAGAACACAGCAAGUGGGCCCACACAGGAGGAUGGAGGAGCCAGAGGCUCAGGCUACAGCCCUUCAGAGCUCUGCCUUCAACCUUGUUGUAGCCCUCAGUCUCUAAGUGGAGGUGUAGGAGCAGGGGGCAACACUGGAGAAGCUGGAUCAUUGUCCUACAUGAAUGUUGCAGAGGUUGUUUCUGCAGCUGUUGCUCAUGGGGCUUUGGGAAUGUUGCAGGCCACUGGCCGCCUCUUCAUGGUCACUGACUACUCCCCAGAGUGGUCUUACCCUGAGGGUGGAGUGAAGGUGCUGAUCACUGGUCCCUGGCAGGAAGCCAGCUCAAAUUACAGCUGCUUGUUUGACCAGAUCUCGGUUCCUGCUUCUCUCAUCCAGCCAGGAGUGCUGCGUUGCUACUGCCCAGCUCAUGAUACAGGUCUGGUGACGCUACAGGUGGCCAUCAGUAAUCAGAUUAUCUCCAAUUCUGUGGUAUUUGAGUACAAGGCUCGGGCUCUCCCAUCACUGCCAUCCUCUCAGCAUGACUGGCUUUCUCUGGAUGACAACCAGUUCAGAAUGUCAAUCCUGGAGCGCUUGGAGCAGAUGGAGAGGAGGAUGGCAGAGAUGGCCAGCCAGCAGCAGACGAGCAGUGCAGGGAGUGGCGGAGCAGGAGGAGGAACAGGAGGUGGAGGUGGGGGAGGAACGGGUGGAGGCAGUGGAGGAGGGGGUGGAGGAGGGAACAACAAUCAGUCACAGUGUGCAUCUGGCCAGAUGCAGGCCAGCAGCUCCUUUGAGAGUCGUGUUGUAGUGGUCUGUGAAAAGAUGAUGAGCAGAGCUUGCUGGGCCAAGUCCAAACAUUUAAUCCACUCUAAGACCUUCAGAGGGAUGACACUCCUUCACCUGGCUGCUGGCCAGGGCUACGCCACCCUCAUCCAGACACUCAUCAAGUGGCGUACUAAACAUGCUGAUAGUAUUGACUUGGAGCUGGAAGUGGACCCUCUAAAUGUUGAUCACUUUUCAUGCACACCUCUGAUGUGGGCAUGUGCACUUGGUCAUCUAGAGGCAGCAGUAGUCCUAUAUAAAUGGGACAGAAGGGCCCUUGCCAUACCAGAUUCUUUGGGUCGUCUGCCUCUGUCAAUUGCUCGUUCUCGAGGCCAUACCAAGCUGGCUGAGUGUCUUGAGCAACUGCAGAGGGAAGAGCAGCAACCACCAGCCUCUCUGCCGGCCACAACUCGCAUGUCUUUCUCCCCCACCCCUGAUGCGCCCACCUCCGACAGCUGGAUGGUCAGCUGGGCAAACGACAGCAUAGUAGCACCCAGUGGCAAGAAAGGAGGCCCUGCUAACACAAUAACCACACCCAGCACCACCAGCACCAAUCCAGAUUUAAGAAGGCCAAGAUCAGAGCCUUCUAACUGCUACAGCAGUGAUGGCCAAAGAGACCUCCCAUUAGCUAAGAAGCAUAAACCCAACCCUGAAUUAUUUCACAAUCGGCCCGACAAGCCCAUGUCUGUCCCUCUGAGCCUGGAGCAGCAACAGCUCCAUAAACUGUCCUCCAUCACAAAGAGUGUGUCCUCAGAAGGCCUGAGUGCAGACAAAGGUCUACCAACAGGAGGCAGCACUGGGACCACCAGAUGGACGUCCAGAGAGAACUUCUCCCACAGCAGCCUGGGGAAGAAGGCUGUGGGGAUCAGUGGGGGCACCAGUCUAGGAAAAGAGAAACUGGUUAACAGACUACGGCAGCGAGAGCAGCUUGGCAUGCUGGUUAUGGCGGACAGAGAAAUGGCAGAUUCAGAACUUCUAUCAUAUCGAGAGGAUCUGGAAAACCAGGACUGUCUCACUCAGAUGGAUAACCUGCAGGUAAAUAUGAUAACUCUGGCAGAGCAGAUCAUUGAAGCAACACCAGAGAGAAUCAAAAGGGAGAACUUCAGCACUGCAGACUCUGGGCCCUUAGACACAUCAGCAGUCAGCACCACCAUGAACUGGCUAGCCAGCUACCUGGGAGAUGUAGAACAGCUGCCAAGCAUCAUACACCUACGAUCUCUGUACAAUGAACCUCUGACACCAUCAUCUAACCCUAACCUGAGUCCUCGGGGAUCUCCGCUUAGAGAGGGUCCAUUGGAGAGGUCUGCUGUUCCUUCUCCGUCUGACUGGAGUGAGUUCAUCAACGCCUCCAACAGUAAAGUGGAGCGAGACCUGGCCCAGCUGACUCUGUCAGAUCCGGAGCAGAGAGAGCUUUACGAGGCUGCCCGAUUGGUCCAAACUGCCUUCCGCAAGUACAAGGGACGGCCGCUCCGAGAGCAACAGGAAGUAGCUGCUGCUGUUAUACAACGUUGCUACAAGAAAUACAAACAGCUAACAUGGAUAGCCCUAAAGUAUGCACUUUAUAAGAAGAUGACGCAGGCCGCCAUCCUUAUCCAGAGUAAAUUUCGCAGCUACCACGAACAGAAGAAGUUCCAGCAGAGCAGGAGGGCGGCUGUGCUAAUUCAGCAAUACUACCGCAGCUACAAGGAGUUUGGCAAGCUGAAGCCCCAUCACCGUGGGGCCGCUGCUGCCCUGGUACAGCACAAACUGAGAGGGAGUCUGCUCACGAAGAGGCAGGAUCAGGCUGCCAGGAAGAUUAUGAGGUUCCUACGACGCUGCCGCCACAGCCCCUUGAUGGACCAUAGACUGUUCAAGCGGGGUGAAAGAAUUGAAAAAGGCCAGGGAACAUGAGACGCCUCAGAAGAGCUCCCUUGCGAUGUGACAUCACUCCCCCUGCCUCCUCUUUUCUUUUUUGUUUGUACCUGAGACAUUUUACAAGAGAACAGAACAAGAAAAGGAAAAAAAAAAGAAAAACAUCAGUUCAAGCACUGCUGUUAUUAUUACUACUAAAGCAGUGUUACAGGUUCGACUACUAUUACAUUGUACAACAGCAAUUUUUCUUUUUCAACAUGUGUAUUCUUUCCACUGACUUGGGGACUUCUGCAGAAUUAUAAACUGAAAGAACAGGGGCAACGGGUGCAGAACAUUGGCUUCAUGGCAUUUUUUGCACUUUUCCAUGGACUGGUUUUCUGUGUUUUGUUUUGUUUUUUUUUAAGCUAGGAAGAAGUUUUGGACAGCGAUGAGAGAUGACGGAGGACAGGUGGUCGGUCAAACAAGAGGACCUCAAAAGAUGAAAGUUAGGGCUGUUGCAGCAAAUCUUUAAGGACAAGGAGACCAUGCAGAAACACUCUGGGCUCUUACUGUAUUUCAUCUUAUUUUUUUAGUUUUUUUAUGGCCACACAUCACUCAAAGACAGAUUUUUUUACCAUACUGACAUGUCUAUUUUAACCCACUGCUGGCAAUUUAACAAUAUCCGUUAUAGCUUAGCGUUCUUUCCAGUCCUGCUUUACUCUACCCGUCCAGUCUGCCCAUCCGGGUGGAGCUACAAUUGAAUGUAGUGGGGUUUAAACAUUCAUACUGAAGAUGAUUGGGGAUUAAAAACAUUUUCUUUUAAAAAGAUACUAUGCUUUAUUGUAUAUAUAUAGUCCCUUUAUUACUUGAAUUUGUUUCAUAUUGUCCAAUGUAUUCCUUCCAUCAUGUCUAAUGUAUUGGUGAGCUGUAUCUUCAGGCUAUAUGUUGUUAAAACCUACCAAGAAAAUAAUGCAUGACUUCUAGACAAAAAAAGUCUUUGCUUGUGUGAUUAUAGUCUAGUCUUUUGGUCUUUCUUCUGUUUAUCCUUUUUUUUCUACCCUCAUAAGAGCCAUUCUUAUUUCUGCAAUUAAUCUCUAUGUUCUCCCAGGUAACUUGUUUGUUUCAUGUUUGUCUCUCUACAUGAGGAAAGCACCUCCUUAUUCUGUGUUGUAACCCGUUUGGCCAUGCAGGUUAUCAUUGUUCUUUUAAGUUGAACUCCGGAGCCUCUGCAGGCUUUAGAGGGGAAGAUCACAUACAUUGCCUUGACAUCUUAGAGAUUCCCUGUGGGGUCCCUAAGUUUGUCCCAAAAUAGGGGUUUGACAAAUCCAUAUUUUUUGACAAUUGAGUGAUUUUCUGUAUAUAAAAGAAGGCUGCAAGUAUGUAGGGGAAAAAAUAAACAUGUUCCCUUACAGGGAUUGUAUUUUAGAAAUAUAUUAUUUUAUUCAUUAAAAAUGGGUCAAAAACAGGUACAAGACAAAAACAGAAUAUUUGUAUAGUUUUGUUUGAAUGCUGAAGAAGUAUGGUUCUAUUGUUUGUAUAUAGUGUAAAUAUCUGGGAUAAAGAUGAGCUAAGUGCAUGAAAAUUAUGAACAGAGCUAAAAGGGGGGAGGAAACUAAAGCAGUAGUGGCUAUGCUCUGUAAAAUUAAAAACUAUUUCACUAUUAGAGUAUUUUAAUUUAUUUUGAUUGUUCCGGAGACAAACAUUUUGCUAAAGCAUGAUAUUAUUGCAUAUGAAAAAGUAAAAAAAAAAUAAUGUAUUUAGUGUUAGGAGAGGUCUUUAAAAGUUAUCUUAAACCCACUAUAGUUACUUUCAUUUUUUUUUCAUAAUCUGUUAAGUUUAGGCUCCCAAGAAACUUUUGCCAACGGUGCCAAGGUUUACGAUUGCUAUGAAGCUUAAGAAUUUAUUUAAGUUCAUUUUUGCAGAACAGAUAAUCAUACAGUGAAAUACACUCUAAGGAAUGAAAACCAUAAUAUCACAACUGGCUGAGGAUUGAAGAAACAAGAACUUGCAAAGGGACUCAUUUUCAAACGGAGGGCCUUUUAGUUUAGUAAGUUUAAUGCUUUUCUGCCAUCUGUAUAUGUAGAGCAUUUGUUCAUCUCCUAAUAUACCAUAUCAAAUACGUAUGUACUUCAUUUUCAUCAGUUAAAAAAAGAAUGUGAUGAUUAUUGCGGUAUCGUGUUCGAACUUAAAGAUUGUAAAUGGAAGCCUUGUUUAUUUUGAUCCCAAAAACCAAUCCCGGCGGUAUUGCUCCCUAUCACUCAACCAGAUAGAAUUCAUCAUCUCAGCUGUGCAAGCUGGUGCACCAAGCCUUGAUUCAAAACUCAUAGAUUGACAUUCAUAAAAUUAUGGCAGUAUUUAUUAGGAUUGACAUGAUGCAUAGCAUGUGUGUAAAAGAUUUUAUUUAUUUUUUUUCCAGUAAUGUUUGGCAAAAUCAUAUCUGGUAUUCUGCAGUGUGAUUUUGGUCUCUGUGAUGUUAAAAAUAAAUUGGGACCAUGAUGAAUAUAAUUUCCAAUGUUCAAUAUUAUGCACAUUGUGCCGAAUUGAAUGCUGAAACAGAAUCAAAAGUCAAUUUGAGUUCAUAUUUGCCCAUUCUUUCAGAUUCAGGCCAGAGCUCCAUCUAGGAAAUCUUAAGAAAAGGCAUCCAGUCUUUUUACAGUACUGUACUUUCAGUGAUGUGUAAGGUUGUUUUUGUGCAACUCAUACAAUUUGUAAAUCAGGUAAAGAAAUUCUUUUUGUUCUUCUCAUUAUACGGUACUAAUAUUCUUACAGAGGGUUUUAAGAAGAUUUUAACCAGGACUGACUGCUUUAUUUGAAAGAAAAGAUUGUUUAACAAUCCUUAGUCCAAAAAUAAAGAGAAUCGAUUCAAGGUCUAUUUAAGCUUUUAUGCAUGUAGAAGUCAGCAGGUUCCUGUUUGAAAUUCCAUAAGUUUAUUCAAUAUUCCUGUAGGUCUCUUGGAGGCCCAUGAUUAUUUGAAGCCUUGAAAAAACCUAUCAGAGUGAAAUGACAGUUCCUCCCUUUUUGAUCACUGCCCUCAUAGUGCCAUUUUUUAUACUCAGCUGUGCUCAAAUUAUUCAUACCAGUGACAGAUUAGGUGAAAAGUAAUCUUCUAAGUUUUAAUAACAUGCUUCUUAUAACUGGAAGUAAUAAAUCAUCAGGCAACCAGUAAAACAUGCAAAAAGCUGAUCCGCUGUAAUAUGAUCUAUCUGAUAUUCAAAAUAAAGAGUAAUCAACUAACCUAACAGUUUGUGGGAGGAAUUUGGAGUAUCAGGAGAGAAUCCAUGCAUGCUUGGGCUAAAGAUGCAGAUAACAUCCAGAAAAUCCCAAACCUAUAGCUAAAAGCGCCCUAAUAUUGCUGCAGUAUAACAUUGCUAACAAGCUUGGCAUUGCAUGGGCAGCCUACACUUAAAACACUGUAAGAUGCUACGAAUUAUUUUUAAUAUUACCCUACUUGAUAAAUUUAUACAAUGGGAUAAUUUCAACGGGAACAUCUCAAUAUUUUUUUGUUUUGUUUUACCUUUCUGCAAAUCGUGGCCUUUGCUAAAAGACAAAGGUAGCCAAAAUGUUACAGAAGUCCUUUACUUUAGGUUAAUUCGAUUACCUAGAACCCAUGGCGUAUGUUAUUUCAAGGUUACAAGGAUCCAGACCCAGGUGUUAGAUCUUGUUUUACUCAUGAUGUCAGAUUUUGUUGUUUUUCAGUUGAAUGUUACUGGAUAUGAGUCACGUUAGAGGUGGGAAAAGAUUAGAAAUUAUAUAGCAUGGUCAAAAUCUUUCACGUCACUCCACCCUGACAUUUUAACUGGUUUGUAAAAUGUAUGAUCCACUGUAUAAAAAAAAUAUAUAUAUAUAUUAAAAAAGACACAACAAAAACACUAGAGUUGAAUGACCGGUGGUGAAUGGUACAUGAAUGUGUUUUUCUGAAUGCACACCUGCAAAAUAAACUGUUGAAGGUGCUCAUUUAAUACUAGGGCAGCACUGGAAGAUCCCAUACAUGUCCAUGAAAAGUCAAUAAGCUAAAAUGACUGUAAAAUAUUGUGUGUAAAUUAUAGCAGUUGUGUAUCUUACACUGGACAAUAUCAAAACAACAUGGGGUGCUUAGAAAAAAAGGAACUUUUGGGUGCCUAUUGGCUGCUGUCUAAUUCUUAUUUCAUGAAAUAGUUCUGCCAGAAAGUGUACUCUGUAUCCAAACAUGUGAAAAUUCAGCCAAGUGCCACAGAAAACCUGAUUUUCAUUUAUUUAUAUAUUUAUUUAAGUAUGUAUUUAUUUUUUAUUUAUUUUUUUAGGAUAGGUAGAUAGCUAGAUAUCUUUGAUUUUAUGUCCUGGAUGGACUGGAUGUUGUAUUUUUAUUUUCCAAGUCACCUGGUGCGUUUACCUUAUUUGCAGUGUUUAUGUAGAAAGUGCCUAUUCAUGUCCUCUUAACACCAGUUGCAGAAUGCAUUCAGUGUACCUGAGGGAGUAUGUGACACGAUCACCAACAUUGUACCUUUACACUCACUCCCCUGCACAUUAGAAUUAGAGCUCUCCAGCCUGUCCAUGCUAUUUCUUUAUUUUCAUUUUCCCUGCUUCUUCCAUUUUCUACUGUAACAGCUUGACUUUUUUAGCUUCACCAUGAUCAGGGUUUGCUGCCUUGCGCUCAUCAUCUAGCUUGUGGUUAGAAUGCAUAGCCAAUGCUAUGUUUGGGGACAAAGUGGGAGAUGGAUUUUUAAUGUUUGCAUGGUAAACUAGUUAACUGGGUGACAGAGCUGUAACUAUAGCAUGCUUAUUUUUUUUGGACUGAUGGUCAGAUAGACUUGUUGGAGACAUGAUGUUUGCAAAACAGUUAGCAGCUGGUUUAGAGCAUCACAGAAGGGAGACUGUGACUGAAGGAGGGGGGAACCUGCAAAUUAAGGCAAUGAUCAGUACUCUGUAGCUACUGAUGUUUUUGUGAGCAUGAGGACACAGUUAUAUUUCACAACAAGUUUCUUAAAUGUUUCCUUUGCUUUUUAUUCUUCAUUUUUACUGAGUCAGUGUACCACCAAAUUCACUUUUAGGAUAAAUGGAAACGUAAGCAUUUAGUGUUGGUUAACCUCCCUUUUGUAUUUUACUCAGGGUGCCAAAAUGGGGAGGAGGAAACAUAGCAGGACAUAUGUUUUACAUCAGAAGAAGCUGAAAAAAACUAAAUAAAGUAAAUGGAAAUAAUGAUUUCCUUAAAAAAAAUCCUGAAAGUGAAUUAAUCAAAUGAAUUUCCUCUCAGUGACCUUAAAUAGGUGGAAACCUGAAAUAGAGUCUAUUCGUAUGCGGCUCUUUGAAUUGAAUGAUUUGUUUUCUUAAAAAGAUGCACUCUUCUUUAUGUCUUUCAUUUAUAUAAGCGCAAAAUCUAGAGGGUAUUAAAUAAUUAAAGUCAUACAAUGACAACUGCAACUAUAAAUCUUGUUUUUACUGCCAUUUCUCAGUGAGACAAUAGGCACACUUGUUUAACAUUUAUCAGUUUUAAGAUGUUCUGCGAAUUGACCUGAGAAUCUGCCUUUCCUCCUCUUCUUUUUUUCCAAAGCACCCAAACCACAGAAAGGUAGGCACAUUGGGGCAACAGAACAGAAACCACUUUUGCAGAAUGAUCCACGUGUAGAAAUGGAGCAAUAAAGAAACUAAUUUGUGGAGCCCUACAGGCCUAGCAAAGUUUAAAAUGACGGGGACACGUGUUGUUAACUUACUCUUUAUGCAAAUGCCAGUAUUGCAAGACAAGCAUUCAGUAGUUUAUUGACAGCAAUUAUAUGGCACCCUUUACGGAAUUGCACGUUUUCAUCAAUUUCAAACUGAAGAGAAGAAAAAAAGGCCCUGCUUUGAUAGAAAGUCUUGGGUCCUCGACACUUUGCAUGUGAACUAGUGUUAGAUCUCUUUUCCUCUCCUCUAUAGCUGUCUUUCUCUCUGUCUUUCCCUGUUAUGUGAUCCAAGUUUUCUCUGCUCCCCACCCUUAAAAAAUGUCCAUCUGCUCUCAGUUCUCCUAAUGUGUUACGCUUUCCUCCUUUUUCUCCCCUUUUCUUGUUUGUAAGUUUUAUUUUUGUAAUUGUGCAUGUACAAGCGUCACUGACUCAAUGGAUAUGUUUAAAAAAAAUGAGAUUUCUGCUGCUGAAGCCAUGCAAAACAUUUUGAAUUGCCCUUAAAAUAUGGAAGAUGUUUUCUGAAUGCUUUAUAUUCUUUCUGCUGUAAAAUAAU